ACCAGGGUAACUGUCUUCUAGCACAGAGAGCAGAUCCCAGAGAGCGAGGAGGAGGAAACAACCUCAUGCCAAGCAGGACUAGAGAGAAGAAAAUACCCUGAACCGGUGGAAAAUCUGACAAAAUGCCGUCCAGAAAAAAAACCACCAUGUUUGCAUCCGCUUUUGUUACCUGCGUUUGUUCUUUCGUGAUUAUUUGUGUAGUUCUGGCGACCCAGCAGUGGAUGAGCAGCGAGGUUCACUUUUCUGGCACCAACUCCAGCGUUACGGUAAGCCUCACCUACGGACUUUUUCGUGGUACCUGUGAACAGUUCGUCGGCGCGGGACUUCAGGUUUCAGAACACACUUUCCAAGUUGCAGAUAACCUGCACGACGUCAAGGCGAAAAGCACAAUCACGGGGAUUAUUGUGCUUCUGGUUCUCGGUUUACUGAGUUCCCUUCUGAGCUCUGGAUUUACCUGCACUAAUGCUGUCAGUAAUCCCUACCAGACGUUUUUGGGACCCACCGGAGUCUAUACCUGGAAUUCCUUAUGCGGAAUCUUCAUACUUAUAGCCAUGAUACUUUUUCCUGUCAAUAUAGAAGAAAAUGGCCUGUCUGUAGAAUUGGCCCGUGGAUGUUUUACUGUUGUGGAGACACAUAUCAAAUCUGAACACAAUUAUGGAUAUUCAUAUUGGAUCAUGCUGAUCAUCAUUGUUCUGAACAGUGCUUCUAUCAUCAUCAUAUAUUUCUAUGACCAUGCAAGAUAUUCUAAGAAGAAGGAACAGGAAAGACCCAUUGAAAAUGCACCAAAAGACGUCAUUCUGUUUUAAGGAUACCGCUGAAAAGAGGGUGUAAAAGAAAAUGACUGUUUAAUACGGAUAAUCAUGGCUGAUCAUUUCCAUUCAAAUUGAAGCUGUGUGUAUAGUUCAAUUAACAAAAUAGCCUAUUUUGUCUUCAAAGCAAUUUGAUUUUAUCUUUAUGUUAGGUAUUAGCGUAAUACUUACCAGUUUCCAUUGGUAAAUGUGCUGCCUACACACCUCCGAGUAGAUACGGCCCAAAGUGCAUGAUGUGAGCACCGUUCUGCAGGAAUGGACCUCCUGCACCUUAUGGCCCUUCCCCAGAGGGAGCGCUGUGGAAACACGCUGCUAGAAGGAUUCCUCCUCUCCGUACCACCACCGCCGCCUUUCCAAGAGGACUGCCGCCCUCUUGCCCACGCAGCACAGAGGGGAUGGUUCCCACCUCCCGCUUUCUGGAUUUUUCCGGACCACAGGACAGACCCACGGCGGCUGCCCUGGCUUUCCAUAGGGGUGCACCAACAUUGGCACCGAUGAACACGUUUCUGCUUCACCCUUCGGUCCAAAUGGGAAGAUAAGAGACGUUGUUUUGGUUCUGUAUGCAAUUUGGGAUCUCAGCAGUGCAAACACCAGGAACCCUGGGGAUGAUGAGGAAUGGUCACCAAGCUAUUGGUGGUUCAUUUUGUCCUGCAGUUCUCACUGCUGUCCUUCCCCUGCUUCGGGAUCUUCUCCCGCAGGUCCCUCUGGCACUCCCCUGGUGACCGUGGGCAGGCUUGCAGGCUCCCGUUCAUGGGCAGGAGUGUGAGCACUUGGACAAACUCAUCUGCAGUCGGUCACCUUCCCAUCACACCUCCCAAUGGCACCAGCACCGACCCCUUUCCACGCUUCCUUUGCUUGGUGCUUUCAUCCGAGGCUGGGAUGGCACAUAGGCAGCAGUAGCAAGAGGAUGGGCCGUGGCCUACAGAACACGACAUAGCAGCCCUGUAAGUUAUUAAUUUGUAGAAAUAUUAGCAAAAUCCUGUUUCAGGCUAUUUAUAGACCCGUGAUUACUGCUGACAGCAAACAGCAAAACUGCACCUUGAGCAGGCGUGGCCGUCUGCGUUCCCGCUCGCUAUACAACAGCCUGCCAUUUCGCCCCGACAGAAAUGCCAAACGGUGGGCUUUGUUAGCGAAGAUUUACAGCCAGCACCAUCCCUGCGCCCGCUUUAAUCAGUAUUUACCAUGCACACAAAGGCACACACCUGUAGAACUGCACAGAAGGGGGGAAGCUCCCUCCCUGGCCCCCCAAGGGAAGGGGAGCAGACGAAUGUGACCUUGGGACAGAUGCCAUCGUGCAAAGUCAUGCUUAGUGCACAUGCUCCAGGAGAAGUGCGCUGUGCAAAACGGUGGUCAGCACCUUCUGCUCCUUUGCUCCUUUCCUCUGCAGCUGGCAGAACAAUUUUUUUUUUUUUAAUCACGUGGUUUUCCUUUACAGUAUGAUUUUUGCAGUCAUGCUUGAUAGCUGUCCUAUGAUGCAAGAGGUGCUCAUGGAGAAAAAAGCAUUUCUGAAGAGGGGAUGAGAAGACAGAAGAGAUGACUUCUCACUAUUUAUAUCAAAAAAUAAAGUUUCAGGAUUAAAGUGCC